UCGGAGCUUUCGCCACAGACUGCCUCACUCAUCACUCAGCUGCGAUAGAAAGGAAGGUCGAAAGACAAUGAGGUCGUUCUUGUUCAUCAGUGCGCUCGGCCUUUGGGCUACAUCCAGCGUUCGGGCGAGCUGUGACGAUUUGAGGACCGCCCUCUCCUCUCCUCUCACGGGGGAUACCACCCUCGAGCUCUCCGGAGACGCCGACUGCCCCAUCCUCGAAGACAAUGAGCUGGAGGAGUUCACCGUCGAGGGCGGGACGCUGACCCUCACCGGCCCGUCCACCACCAAGUUCACGAACCUCAAGUUUACCAUCAUGGACCAGGCUGGCCUGAUCUUCGACUACGACACGACUGAGUUCGGCCCCAACCUCGGCUAUGAACAAGAGGACAGCUUCGGCGGCUACAUGGUGCAAGUCCUGUCGGGGGGCUCCGUAGAAUUCCUCGGGGAGAUGGCUGCGACGGGCCUCGCCAACAUGCGUAGCGUCUUCUACAACGAAGCCGGGGGCAACAUCGAGUUCGCCGACAACGCGGUGUUCGAUGACAUCGGGACCAACGUCUUCCGCAGCAACCUCGGAAGGCUGAGGUUCUAUGGCGACGCGACCUUCACCAACAACAUCUACCUGGCCAUCGACAACGAGGGAGGCAGUGUCAGGAUCAACGGCGAAGCCACUUUCGUCGAGAACGGCAGAAGCUUCGACGGCCACAGCGGGGGUGGUUUCAGCAACACGGACGGAGGAACUGCCAUCUUCCGUGGCCCCGCUCUGUUCAGCAGCAACGCAUGCGACGAGAGUGGCGGUGGAGUGUACAACGGAGAAGGCUCCAAGAUGACGUUCUACCAAAAGACCGGUUUGUACGACAACUGGAGCAAGGACGGGAACGGCGGUGGCAUGGACAACCGCGGUGAACUCAAGUUCAGGGGGGCGGUGUGGGCUACCGGAAACAGGUGCGCGGAGAGCGGCGGCGGGAUCUCCACCGGCAACGGAGGAACCACCACGUUCUACGGGUGGGUUACGAUCCAGUCCAACGACGCUGGAACGACCGGUGGAGGAAUGAGCACGUACGUCGUUGGCUCCAGCGUCUAUGUCGACGAGACCUCCAGCAUCAUCGGCUUCAACGUGGACGAUGUCUGCGAAGAGUCGUGAUGAUUCCCAACAACAACAACAACGACAACGACAACGACGACAACAACAACAACAACAACGUUGGGGAUCAGGGAAGGAGAGAGAGGCCCCCCUCUCUCUUCCAAGCCUGCGGCUGAAAUUAAGCACGUACGUACUUGUAAUGUAACUUGAGAUAUUUGGAAGCGCAAUCGUCUGUGUCCCGCCGUGGGGAAGGGAGCCCGCGAAACGAAUUUGGUGCAAGGGGGUAGCCGAAAUUCUGCAUUCUGGAUGAUGGACGGGCUGCUGGCAGCGCCCCUUGGGCACCAAGCCGGGACAACCCACGAAUUUUCUGCGGGUCGCAACGAGCGGUGCGGUGUGUUAGCGCUGCCUAGACUUAGAGGAGAAGAGUGUUGGUAUGGCGUAAGCCUUGAACGUCACGGAAGAUUGGGAGGUGUGUUGGUCCUUAGCUUGUGGCGCGAAGAUUGAUUUCGGUGAAGGUGGUAUGUGGUAAUAUUAUGCUGUGCGGGGGGAAGUUGCGAAAACCGCUCUCUUCCCAGUGGGUGAGUGAUGUUGAUGUUGAUGGACAGGUUGUCCUGCCAAGAGACAUCUUUUCGAGAACUGCUUCGAUCGGCGAUCGGUGGGGGGGGACACCCCCCAAUAGACGAGCACGUCGUCGUGAGAUAGCCUAUGAAGAUUAAGAAUUAAGAUUUCCCUUUGUGGGGCCGUCGUAAGGCGUCAAUGAUAAUGGGGACCUCUCCAUGUGUACUUGAAACCGCGGUGAUUGGGUGCAUCGGCUGUCUCCUGCAAAGUGUAAUAAUAAUAUUAGUAUUAGUGUGUGUGGAGGGUACCGCAUAUGUACUGCUGCUGUCGACGCCGUUGGCGGGGUCGGUGGUGUUGUUUUGGUCUUGACGUGUUGUCUUCGUCUUCAUGUUUAAAAAUCGUUACCUACCGUC